GGACUUGGUAUUGGUAACUAUUUGAAGCGAUGGAUAAGCCACUGUGGUACCGUUGGGCUCGUGUCUAUGCCGUUGGAUUCGGUAUUGUGAUGACCGGUGUUUUGCUGUUCAAGUACACAACCCCUACUGAGGAGGAGCUCAUCAACUCUUUGUCACCGGAACUCAGAGCACAGUACGAACGUGAAAAGGGGCUGAGAAGACGUGAGCAGGAGGAGCUGAUCAAGAUUGUCAAGCAGACUUCGGCAUCAAACGAUCCAAUCUGGAUGACGGGACCCAUCAAGAGUCCCUGGGAUAAGGACAACAAAAUGGUUAACCUGAAGGAAAAGUACGAGAAGGAGCUUGCCGAGAAGAACCAAUCUGAUGAGUUAGAAAGGGUCCAAAGAGAAUUGGAGAUCGCACAGGAGAAGACCAGAAGGGAGACCGACGAGCAGUUAAAGAAGAGAACGUGGUUCUCAUGGAGGUGAAAUCUUGCGUAGCUCUCUGUAGGUGAUCAACGUGUACAUAUUUUUGCUUGGUUAAUUUAUAAUAAUACUACCUAUGGGA